UAUAAAUUACAACUGUUUGGCGCGCUCACAAUAGGAUGUCUGCAUUUGGAAACUCAGAGGCAUGUGGAACAAUGUUGGAAGAAGACCCAGAUCAGACCUAUGAGAAUGUCGUGGCUGAGAUUCAGUCUUUUGAGCUGCCCAUUGAAGCGACAUUAAGGUCUGUGUAUGAUGACCAACCAAAUGCACACAAGAAGUUUAUGGAAAAGUUAGAUGCUUGUAUCCGUAAUCAUGACAAGGAAAUUGAAAAGAUGUGUAAUUUUCAUCAUCAGGGUUUUGUAGAUGCUAUUACAGAACUCCUUAAAGUAAGGACUGAUGCAGAAAAACUGAAGGUGCAAGUUACUGAUACCAACAGAAAAUUUCAAGAUGCUGGAAAGGAGGUCAUAGUCCAAACAGAAGAUAUUAUUCGAUGUAGAAUUCAGCAGAGGAAUAUUACAACAGUAGUAGAAAAAUUGCAGUUAUGUCUUCCAGUGCUGGAAAUGUACAGUAAGCUAAAAGAACAGAUGAGUGCAAAACGGUAUUAUUCUGCUCUAAAAACUAUGGAACAGUUAGAGAAUGUAUAUUUUCCCCGGGUUAGUCAAUACCGGUUUUGUCAGCUAAUGAUAGAAAAUCUUCCUAAACUCCGUGAGGAUAUUAAAGAAAUUUCCAUGUCUGAUCUCAAAGACUUUUUGGAAAGCAUUCGAAAACAUUCUGACAAAAUAGGUGAAACAGCAAUGAAACAGGCACAACAGCAGAAAACCUUCAGUGUUGCUCUGCAGAAGCAAAAUCAUGUACAACUUGGGAAGAAUAUGUACUUCAGUGAUAGAAUUCCAGAAGAAAGGAAUGAAGUUGAAUUGAAACGUGCAUUCGAAGAAGAGGAUGAAAAUGAAGAGGAGGUGUUAACUGUUCAGGAUCUGGUUGAUUUUUCUCCUGUUUACCGAUGUUUACACAUUUAUUCUGUUUUGGGUGACGAGGAAACAUUUGAAAAUUAUUACCGAAAACAAAGGAAGAAACAAGCAAGACUGGUAUUGCAACCCCAGUCAAAUAUGCAUGAAACAGUUGAUGGCUAUAGAAGAUAUUUCACUCAAAUUGUAGGGUUCUUUGUGGUGGAAGAUCACAUUUUACAUGUGACCCAAGGAUUAGUAACCAGGGCAUACACUGAUGAACUUUGGAACAUGGCCCUCUCAAAGAUAAUUGCUGUCCUUAGAGCUCAUUCAUCUUAUUGUACUGAUCCUGAUCUUGUUCUGGAGUUGAAGAAUCUCAUUGUAUUAUUUGCAGAUACUUUGCAGGGUUAUGGUUUUCCAGUGAACCGACUUUUUGACCUUUUGUUUGAAAUAAGAGAUCAAUACAAUGAAACACUGCUUAAGAAAUGGGCUGGAGUUUUCAGGGACAUUUUUGAAGAAGAUAAUUACAGCCCCAUCCCUGUUGUUAAUGAAGAAGAAUAUAAAGUAGUCAUCAGUAAAUUUCCCUUUCAAGAUCCAGACCUUGAAAAGCAGCCUUUCCCAAAGAAAUUUCCUAUGUCUCAGUCAGUGCCUCAUAUUUACAUUCAAGUCAAGGAAUUUAUUUAUGCUAGCCUUAAAUUUUCAGAGUCACUACACCGGAGCUCAACAGAAAUAGAUGAUAUGCUUAGAAAAUCUACAAAUCUCCUGCUGACCAGAACUUUGAGUAGCUGUUUACUGAACCUUAUUAGAAAACCUCAUAUAGGUUUGACAGAGCUGGUGCAGAUCAUAAUCAACACAGCACACCUGGAACAAGCUUGCAGGUACCUGGAGGACUUUAUAACUAACAUCACCAACAUUUCUCAGGAGACUGUUCAUACCACAAGACUUUAUGGGCUUUCUACUUUUAAGGAUGCCCGACAUGCAGCAGAAGGAGAAAUAUAUACCAAACUUAAUCAAAAAAUUGAUGAAUUUGUUCAGCUCGCUGAUUAUGACUGGACAAUGUCUGAGCCAGAUGGAAGAGCUAGUGGUUAUUUAAUGGAUCUUAUUAAUUUUUUAAGAAGCAUCUUUCAAGUGUUUACUCAUUUACCUGGGAAAGUUGCCCAGACUGCUUGCAUGUCAGCCUGCCAGCAUCUGUCAACAUCCUUAAUGCAGAUGCUAUUGGACAGUGAGUUAAAACAGAUAAGCAUGGGAGCCGUGCAGCAGUUUAACUUAGAUGUCAUACAGUGUGAAUUGUUUGCCAGCUCUGAGCCUGUGCCAGGAUUCCAGGGGGAUACCCUGCAGCUAGCAUUCAUUGACCUCAGACAACUCCUUGACCUGUUUAUGGUUUGGGAUUGGUCUACUUAUCUAGCUGAUUAUGGACAGCCUGCUUCUAAGUACCUUCGGGUGAAUCCAAACACAGCUCUUACGCUUUUGGAGAAGAUGAAGGAUACUAGCAAAAAGAACAAUAUAUUUGCUCAGUUCAGGAAGAAUGAUCGAGACAAACAGAAGUUGAUAGAGACAGUCGUGAAACAGCUGAGAAGUUUGGUGAAUGGUAUGUCCCAGCACACAUAGACUUCGAUUGCACUCAGUGACAUCAAAUCUGUGAUUCUACAUUGAUCUCUAACAGCCACGGGUCAUGAUAACAGUAAUUUGCAGAAUUAAAAAAUGCAGUAGAAAAAAGACACUGAUGAGAGAUUAAACAAGAAACAAUAAAUAUAUCAUUUCUAUGGAUUUUUAAAUAAUUGGAUACUAUUUUAUAUAUGGAGAAGGUGACAAUUUUUUUCACUUUUAGGGAAAAAAGGUAAAACAUAAAUCAGGUCAAAAAUUGUGUAUGCAAUUGAUUGUAAAUACAUUAGAAAAACCUUAUAUGCCUCUACAUAUAAGUAUUUUUUCUAUUCAGACUUGAUUUUUCUGGGUUCUUUUUCAUCAGUAUCCAGUUUCAGAAUGCAAUCAUGUCUGAUAUGGGAGUAUUUAUUUCACUGUCAUGUUGUGACUGUUAACUUUUAUUUUCAUCUCAAUAUAAGUAUACUAAAUUUUCCAGUUCUGUAGAUUUCUAAGGUGAGGGUGGGGGAUAUACAAAUCUUUAAAGGUCCCUGAAAUCAAACUUGAUUUCUGUAAGAAUGUGAAUUAUUUGUUCUCCUUGGGUGCUUUAAUUUAAUGGUUCUGAAUAUGAAGAAAAGGUGUUUGGAUUUUCUAGAGAUGAGUGUUGCUGUUUAGCAGGGUUAAUAUUUUUAACUAUAUUGUUUGUAGCUGAUCCCAUUCUAGGAUUUAUUGGGUUUGGUUUGGCUCAAGUUAAAAGGGCAUGAACGAAGUGGGGCAAACCAUUUGAGAUGCUGCUUGCGCUAGGGUAGCUAUGAUCCUACACCAGAAGUUACACAGGGGUCAGGUUACUUUCUCCAAUAUCUCAGUACCUGUCUUCAGUAUGGAAAUAAGCCACACCAAGUGAACUCUGGAAAAUCUAAAAUGAAUGUACAUUUUCUACUCUGUAAAUUACCACCGUGGUCCAAAUGGUGAUACCAGUCUGAUCCCAACUUUCUUUUCAUUGUAUUUAUGCUGACUAUUCCUUUUCUAUUUUCAGGAUUUAUGCCUGUAAGAAACUUAUACUUGACUGUGUAAAAUAAGUGUAAAGAAUUAGAUGUACAUUUCUUGAUUUUGUGAUGAAAUAUUAAAAAGUUUGAGCAGGUUGUUGAAAA